AUGAACACACUCUCCGUGCCAGAGCUGAACCGACAAGUCAUCACUCGGUAUUUCCAGGAGUUCUGGACCAAUGGGAAUCUAGACAUCAUUGAUGAGCUUUGUGAUGACAACGUGACAAUUUUCUAUCCCAUGCAUGGGCGAAUGGUGGGAAAAGCGGCUGCCAAAGAGACCCUAGCCAAGUUCAAACAAGCGUUUCCGGACGUAUCGUUUAGAUUGCUAUCUCCUUUCCCAUUAAUUGCUGAAGAAAAUUACGUGGUGGCGCGCUGGUUUGGUGGUGGUAAACAUACCGGACCGGCGUUUUACGAGCUUCCUGUUGGAAACUUACCCGAGCCUAACAGCGGUAAAGAAAUGAGAUUUUCUGGCACAACAAUCUAUAAGCUGGAGAACGGCAAAAUCUUGGAAGAGACUGGAGAGGAAUCUGGUUUGGUGGCGAUGCAGCAGCUGGGAUUCAUCAAAUUAAAUGAUGGCUUUGCUCCAUGA